AGCACUGGAGCAGUGGCCUCGGGGUCUCCUCCCCCCACCUCGUAAUAACCGUCAAAAUCAACGGGCUUAAUCCGAAGAGCUCCCCAAUCCGAGACGGCCAUGGCGGCGUCGGUUCUCUCCGCAUCGUGCUGCUGCUCCUUCUCUCCCUCUCCCCUCGCGCCCGCGUCGUGGAGAUGGAGGCCGCCGCCGCCGUCUCUGGCUGUCGCGGGCGCGGCGAGUCCGCGGGUCGCUCUUCGCCUGACCGCCGCGGCGUCUCCACCGGCGGUUACGGGCGAAUCUCGCGCCGUUGCUGCUGCCGCCGCGGGGGCGCUGUGGUCAGCGGCGCCGGUGGGUGGGGGUGAGGCGGGGCUGGACGCGCACGCGCACGCGCCCGACUGGGGCGCUCUCGUGAGGCGGCUGGCGCUGGGCGCGCUGGGGUGCGCCGCCGUGCUCGGCUGCGGCGCGGCCGUGGCGGCGGAGGACUCGAUCAAGGCGUCCGGCUUCGGGCUGCGUGUGGCGGCGUCGCUGCGGAGGCUCGGGUGGCCGGACGAGGCCGUCGUGUUCACGCUCGCCACGCUUCCGGUGAUCGAGCUGCGCGGGGCCAUUCCGGUCGGAUACUGGAUGCGGCUCGACCCCGUCCGCCUCACCGUCCUAUCCGUUCUUGGGAAUAUGGUGCCUGUGCCAUUCAUUAUCCUCUACUUGAAAAAACUUGCAACAUUUCUCUCUCAAAGAAGCGCUUCUGCAACUCGAAUUAUGGAUCUUCUGUUUGAGCGGGCGCGGCGGAAGGCUGCACCUGUUGAGGAAUUUCAAUGGCUUGGUUUGAUGCUGUUUGUCGCUGUUCCAUUUCCUGGAACUGGAGCGUGGACUGGGGCAAUAAUUUCAUCCGUACUUGGCAUGCCAUUCUGGUCAGGUUUUUCAGCAAAUUUCGUUGGUGUUGUCCUAGCAGGCUUGUUGGUAAAUUUGCUUAUGAAUCUUGGUUUGAAGUAUGCCGUUAUCACUGGUUUAGUUCUGUUCUUUCUAUCAACUGUCAUGUGGGGAGUCCUUCGAUCCCUUAAAAAGUCACUGAAUGCCAAAUGAUGUAAUGAGUUCCCCAUAGAAGUGCUUCUUAUGCAUCCACUUUUUUGUUUUAGAGAAGAAUUCACCCUUGUGAGGGAAUUCUAGUUGUAAACUUGUCUCCUUAUUUUCUAAUAUACGAAAUGAAAUGCUAACUCCUAAUGCCUUCACAGGGUCA